AGCACUUCUAUGCUUGGCUAAUAAUGCAGAGUAAGAAACAUGACGCUUCUUCAUCAUCCUGCUCGGUUGUACAAGAUGAGCCGUAAAGACCACUUAACAAAAGUUUGUUGGUUUUGUUUUGGACUAUGGAUCUAUUUCCCAACUCAUGUCCUGUUGUGGAUAGCAACAGAGGAUAUCUUAGCUGGCUCCUUGCAAGCUACAGUCAUUGUUAUGAUUGUCUUCACUGUUCCUGAAAUCUUUAGCAAAGCCGUUCUCAGCCCAUGGAUUGUGGAGCGAAUCUCAUUCCUGCCAGCAUUCACCCUCUAUGCAUUCCUGUUUUUUGCUGUUCAAUURACUUUUGUAUUUGUCAAUAUUGUUAACGUGAGACUGGCUGGGAURUGUGUACUUGGAUUUGCCAAUGGUUUAGGAAUGAUCACUGCGGCGAAGCUGUUGGGUUUUUACAGUGAMUCCGCUGGWGUSUACUCGAGUGGUAUUAAUCUUUCGACAGCUGUAGCUUCGGUCUCAUAUACAGGUUUGACAACGUGGUUAUGCGUAUCACCUCGCAAUGCUAUUGCCAUUUUGAGUCCACUUUCUCUGUUUCCACUCUUGAUGUAUGCGUUUCUUGAUAAAGAACCAUUAAAAACCUACAAGAASUGUACAAAGGACAUCGCGUAUCAAACUUUGGACGACAAAGAGAAUAAUGACCUAAAAUCAGCCACUCAGUCCGGAAAAACAAAGUCUAAAGAAUMUACCAUUCGAUGUCAAACCAAGUUCCUAUUCAAUGUGUUUCUUGUCUGUUUCUACCGAGGCACCGAGAUUUUUUUACUAAUGUUAUCCAUUGCUGCCAUUCUUUCUACUGUCACAUUCAAAUCCUCUCCCUUCCCCCCUCGGGAUCACUAUCAGUAUUACCGAUUCAUAAGUGAUCUUGGCAUGAUGGUCGGAGGGAUGGAAUUAUCUCUCGCGUCCUUCUUUUGCCCUCGUUUCCUGGACACCAUUAAGAUUCGUCGUAUCUGGAUCUUACUUCUGUUGGUUGUUGGUCAUGUGAUAGUGUUUCUGUCAGUUUCCUGGUUUCACUAMACAGACAACGUCUACAUCAUUUUCAUCUUGUGUUUCACCCAGGGAGUAGUGGCUGGUUGCGYAAACGUCCACAUCUAUGCUUUGGCAGCCGACCUCUUCCUCGAUUCCAGGAAACUUGGAAAAGUUCUCGGGUAUAUAGAAGUGAGUAUAUCAGUCGGCAGACUAUCAGCAGGGCUGUUGGGUAUAUUCGUGGAGAAAGUGCUAAGAGAUCACUGCGAACAUCGAUURWUGUUGGGUCGAUUCUGUUUAGCGAGACUUUCUUCGCCUGGAAUGUGGAGUACGUUGAACUGUGUGAGUUGAAGAAAUUUUAUCACCUCAUUUCAUGCUGAAUAUUACACCUAACUACAAAUAUUUAAACAUGGAGGAACGUUUUUUGGAUACUCUGAGUAGGCGAGUAGUAGUAGGCGAGUAGUAGUAGGCGAGUAGUAGUAAGCGAGUAGUAGUAGGCGAGUAGUAGUAGGCGAGUAGU